UUGAAUUUUACAGGUGCCGGCGCAAGAAAAACUAAAGAGGGCGUCGUGUACAUUGGUGAAGGUGCAUGCGCUGCUCCUGGGUACGCCGCUGAGAAAACGAAGGAGGGAGUCAUUGGAGCCAAAGAUCUCACAUGCGCCGGUGCAAGAAAAACAAAGGAGGGUGUAGUGUACGUUGGCGAAGGCGCAUACGCUGCUACAGGAUACGCCGCCGGGAAAGCAAAAGAGGGACUGGUUGGUGCAAAGGAUCUCACUGAUAAAGAAAAUAAAGGGGAAAAAGAAAAGGAAAAAGAGAAGGAAGCGUAG